AUGGUAAAUAAAAUCUUCAAGAAAAAGAUGGUAAUCACACCAGAGCAAGAAGCUGAGUUCUGGAUGACAAGGAACUGCUCCAUAUGUGGCAACGACUUAGGUGAUGACAGAGUGAGAGACCACGACCAUGUAACUGGACUUUACCGUGGAGCUGCCCAUAAUAUGUGCAACUUGAAAUAUAGAAUCACAUGGAAAGUUCCUGUGGUCUUCCACAAUCUAAGAGGUUACGAUAGCCAUCUAAUAAUGCAGGAGAUUGGUAAGUUUAAGAUGAACAUCAACGUGGUCCCAAACAACAUGGAAAAAUACAUUUCCUUCUCAUUAGGUAAAAGUCUUGUGUUCAUUGACUCAAUACAAUUCAUGGUUUCUUCCCUGGAGGCACUUGUGAGUAACCUUUCACCUGAAGACUUCAGGAUAGUCGGUCAGCGGUGGCAAGGUGAGGACUUCGAUAUUGUGAGACAAAAAGGUAUAUUCCCGUAUGAAUAUUUGGAUGACAUAAGUAAACUUAAUACUGAGGGGCUUCCAAGUAAAGACAAGUUCUACUCAUCUCUAUACGAGUCUGAAGUGAAAGAAGAAGAUUACCAGAGAGCUAUAAAAGUCUGGGACCACUUCAAGAUGAAAACAAUGAGAGACUACCACGAUCUCUACCUGGAAACUGACGUUCUUCUUCUAGCAGAUGUUUUCGAGAAUUUCAGGAAGACCUGCUUGGAAAACUACAAGCUUGACCCUGCUCACUACAUCUCAGCACCAAGUCUAAGUUGGGACGCUUUCCUAAAACAGUCAGGAGAGGAAAUAGAAUUGGUAAGCGAUAUGGACAUGUUCCAGUUCUUUGAGAAGGGAAUGAGAGGUGGGAUAAGUCAUAUUGCUCAUAGACACUCUACAGCAAAUAAUAAGUACAUGGAAACGUACGACGAAGAGGCUGAAAACAAGUUCCUUAUGUACCUCGAUGCCCACAAUUUAUAUGGCUGGGCAAUGUCUCAACCUCUACCAAAUGGAGAGUUUGAGUGGGUUGAGGAAGUUGAUAAAAUAAACCUUGAUGACUACUUAGGAGACAGUGGAAGGAGUAUGGUUCUUGAGGUUGACAUGGAAUAUCCAGAAGAACUUCACAACCUACAUAAUGGUUAUCCACUAGCUCCAGAGAGUAAGGAGAUUAAUGCGUCAAUGUUGUCGGACUAUGCAAAGAGUAUUGCUGAGAAAUUCCAGCUUACGAUUGGUGGAGUACGGAAACUGGUGAACUCAUUAGGUCCCAGGAAGAACUACGUCCUACAUGCCCGUAAUCUGAAACUAUACACUGAACUCGGAAUGAAACUUACAAAGGUUCACAGAGCCGUCUCAUUCAAGCAGUCAACUUGGCUGAAAAACUAUAUUGACUUCAAUACUCAAAAACGGUCAGUCGCUAAGAAUGCGUUUGAGAAAAACUUCUUCAAACUUAUGAAUAAUUCCAUCUACGGAAAGACUAUGGAAAAUUUGAGGAAGAGAGUUGAUGUAAAAUUAGUGUCAUCGGAAAACGAUCUCCUAAAACUUACAGCAUCGCCGUGCUUCCAAUCACACAGGAUUAUGAAUGAGAACUUAAUCGUGGUGAAGAGAAUGAAGGAAGUGUUAACUCUGAACAAACCGUGCUAUGUGGGAAUGAGCAUCCUUGACUUGUCUAAGACUCUGAUGUACGACUUCCAUUACAACACGAUCAAGAAGGAGUACGGUGACAAGUCAAAGCUCCUGUUCACAGACACUGACAGUCUAAUGUAUGAGAUUAAGACUGAUGACGUGUACGAGGACUUCAAGAGGAUCGGUGAGGAGAAGGACUGUUGGGACAACUCAGAUUAUCCGAAAGAUUCUCCAUAUUACUCAGCUCAUAAUAAGAAGGUAAUUGGAAAGUUUAAGGAUGAAGCUGAAGGAGUACCAGUAAUUGAGUUCGUGGGGUUGAGGUCAAAGAUGUACUCCUAUGUGAAGGAGAGUGGUGGAGGUGGAAUGACAGCGAAAGGUGUGAAAAAGUACGUGAUCAGAAACAAACUCACUCACGAAAACUUUAAGAACGUAAUUAAGACUAAAGGUAGGAUGAGACAUAAGAUGAACACGAUUAGAAGCAUCAAACAUAAAAUCGGAACUUAUGAAUUGAAGAAAAUUACACUCAGCUGUUUCGACGACAAACGGUACUUACUUGAAGAUGGUGUUACAAGUUACGCGUACGGGCACCACUCAAUAGAAGAUCUAGAGGCUGAGGUGUUGAUUGAAGAAAAAUAGAACCGAGCUGUGUAACAGUAAGGGCUGAACUUGAAAGCGAAAACUACAGUCUUGAAAGAGCACUAGAACUUCACGAAGGACCUCCACGGGAAAAGCAAGAAGAACGUAUUCCCAGACCAGAGUAUAAAGUAGUGAUUCCACUGAAGAGGUUCAAGUUCAAGAAACAACUACCACUAAGGUUAGUGGUAACGGAUGAGAAUCAUCUGAGGAAAAACUACGACAGUCUACCAAAAGAGGAGAAAGGAUUCUUAAGAGUGGUGAUGGGCGAGAAAGCGAAGUCCCUUGGUGUUCAAGUUAUAAGAAUACCAGGAAGUGACAAGCUGACUGUAAUUGGAUUUUGAGUAAAUUGUUAAAUAGAAAAUUUAGAGAUUGGUUGAAAGUCGACUGGAAAUAUUCAACGUUGAAGAUGGGCGGAGAAAGUGGUCUAGAAAAAUUUGACUAGAAUACUGCAGGAUUCUUGUUGAUUUAAGACGAAAAUAAAAAAGUGAUGAUAGAGCCUAGAUCAGUUAGUGGUCUAGAACCCUCAUUCCCUAUACUACUUUUAUCGGCCUAUAUAGUUUAGAGUCAUCCGCAAAUAAUGCAAUACUCGAGCCCUGUCCUACGUAUUCUGGCAUGUCGUCAAUGUAUACUAGGAAAAGAAGGGGUCCUAGGAUGGAUCCCUGUGGGACUCCAGUGGUCACGGGGAGCCAAUCUGAGAGGGUCCCAUCUAAGGCAACGCGCUGACAUCUGUCACUCAGGUAACUACGAAACCACUGAAGAAGCGAGCCUGAUAUGCCAUAUUGCUCAAGCUUGUUCAGAAGCAUAUGUGAUGUUGAACACGAUCAAAGGCCUUGAACAGGUAUAG